CAAAGGCGGCAGUGGCGGCAGCAGCAGGAACCCCUAAUGUCUGGACGAUAGUUCCAAUUUUGCGCCUUUUUAGCCCACAAUUCAACAGACAGAGACAUAAUCGGGAUGAGACUGUAAUUUUACAUUUUGGGUUUUGGUUAGAAACAACAAAACAAAAUGGGUUUGAGAGGUAGAGGAAGACGGAGAAAGAGAAAGAGAGGGUGGGGGGACGGAAGGGGAAGAAGUAGUAGCAGAAGCAGCCUGUAUAUAUAUAAAUUUCCACCAUAUUUAAUUUCCCACGAUAAAUAUGAAAAGGAAUUUUCAGAAAAAGAAAAGAUUCCCAAAGGCUAUCAAAUUCCGGAUAUAUUUGAUUCAAAAUGGAGGCAAGGAAGACCAUUGGAAAGAGAAGAUAAUGUAAAGAGAGGAUUAGGGCAUCUUGAGAGGGUUGCUGAACAGGGAAAUGACCAACCCACUGCAUUGAACAGCAAUCUUGGAAGAAUUGACUAUGCCCACGGUCUUGCUGCAUUACUGUUGAAUCAUUACAUAAAAGUUGCCCUUGUUGCCGGAAUUUUCGAAUUUUGGGGAAUGGGAAAGUCUAGCAUAAUGAUACAGGAUAUGGUGGGAAAUAAGUUUCUUGCACUUAACAUGGAAGAGGAGGCUGAAGUCAACAAUGAUCUAUCUGCCUCCACUAGCAAAAAAGUCUCGGUGAUGCAUAAAAUAAAAAUUACUAUAGAAGACAUUCGAUACCUUUUACCAAGAGCAUGGUUAAAUGAUGAGGUAAACUUGUAUUUGGAACUAUUAAAGGAAAGGGCAAAAAUAGGAUGCACACAAUUCUUGAAAUGCCACUUCUUUAAUGCAUUCUUUUAUACGAAGGCCAGAUAUAUUAAAGAUGAAGCAGAGAAUAAGCGUAGGAAUUUCUCUGAAUUUGGAUGCUUGGAAAUACGAAUGUGGGAAAUAUUCCCUUACAGAAAGAUGGCUCUGAUGGUGGAGUAUUCAUGAUCAAGUAUAUGCUGAUUUCCAUAGUCGUAGAUUGCCACCAAACUUCACACAGGCAAUCCUCUACUAUCUAGGAGAAUAGCAAAGGAAAUUUCAAAUUACGAGCAGAGUGAAACAUGAGCAAUUGUAGAUUACAUUUUUUGGCAUAGAAAUUGUAAGCCUAAGUGACAAAUUAUUCUAGUGACUACAUGACUUUGUAUGUUUGAAAUAAUAUCAGGAAAGCUUAGCAGGUGUGGGUUACGUGAUAGUUUUAGAAAUCAUUUUUUCGUGUCAAAAACUAUGACAGAAAAAUGGCCAAAGCUAUCCAAGUCAAUGGGCAUUUUAAGGAAUCAGGAAGACCAUCCAUCCGAAAAGUUCUGUUGAAAGAGAAAUCAAAUAUAAUUUGUAUUGUCGAAUUAACAUA